ACCGAUAGCGGCAGCUGUGCAGCCCUCGUUCCAAGCAUAUUUUGUAAAUAAAUUCCAGUCGAGAAUUCGGAAAAUGAAUUGCUGCAUUUGCCAGUUUUCCGUGCGCGUGCCCAAGGACAUUCACACGGAGACCGUUGGCCACCCGCCGGUGCUGAUCAGCGAGCUGGUCCUGCAGUGCACCCGGGGCACAGACUACGUCCUGGCGGACGAAUCGUCGACGAUAUGCAAGAAAUGCUGCGAGAAGUUGGCCAGGUACCACAAGUCGAUUCAAAUCGCGCGCAAGCUGCGCCAGGAGAUCCUCGAGCUGAUCCACAGUCCCUACAUGCCCAAGGACUUCAAGCAGUCGCCGUUCAAGGAGGAGGAUGUCGCCAGGGAAACCAGGACCAUAACCAAGUUCGAUGGGAACAUUGAGGAGGUCGAGGAGGAGGAUCAGCAAGAGGAGGAACAUCAGCAGCUGGUGGAAGUGGACACCUCCGCGGAGGGCAUCACCCUGGUGGAUCCCACCAGUAUCGAGGAGGAGGUGGCCGAGCAGGAGGAGCACAUCUUCAUUAUAAAGCAAUCGGAGGAGGAGGAGGAAGAGUUCCAAUCCGUGGACCUGGACAUCGACAACGAGAUCAUCAUAAACGAGGAGGAGGCCAACGAGAUGGGGGAGGAGGAGGAAGAUCUGAUGCCACAUGCCAAGCACGAGGCCCAGGAAGCCGACUUCUUCAAAGAAGACACCAUGAGCGACUUUGACGACCAUCUGGACGGCACCAUAGAAUACAUAAUAUCCGACGGCGAGGGUGACGACCAGGACCAGGAUCACGACAGCUCCGGCGAGUACACGGUCAACAUACAGUGUCCCAGCUGCCCGGAGAAGUUCACCAGCCGGCGCGCCUACAAUGCCCACACAAAGCGGGAGCACUUUCCCGGCUAUGUCUGUGAUCAGUGCGGCAAGACGCUGCAGUCGUACUCCGGCUUCAUAGGCCACCUCCAGAACCACGAGCCCGUCAAGCAGUUUGCCUGCCCCGUUUGCCCCGAGCGGUUCAGCCGCAAGUUCCGUCUGAAGCACCACAUGGCCUGGCACACAGGCGAAACGCCGUACCAGUGCGAGGUCUGCUCCAAGAGAUUCGUCCACAAGGUGGCCCUGUACAAGCACAAGAUGAUCCACGACAACGAGACCAAGCGGCUGGAGUGCCAGGUGUGCGGUUUCAAGACGCGCACCAAGGCCCACUUGGAGCGGCACAUGCGAUCCCACACGGGCGACAAGCCGUUCGCCUGUCCAGUGUGCAACAAGCGCUUCUCCCAGAUGUACAACAUGAAGGCCCAUCUGCGGGAGCACGAGAGUCCCGGAACGAACCGCCAUCGGCGCUAUCACUGUCCCAAAUGCACGCACACGUUCAUCAACGAGCAGAACUAUGUGUCCCACGUCCAGAGGGACGACUGCACGGCAGUUUAGCCCAAUCCCACUGACGAAUACAUAUAAUAGAGAUAAUUAUCUAAGCCUAAUACCGAUCAUCAUCGUGUUGUGAUCAGAAUCACAACCACCCAUCCAACCGAAUGAAUUCGAAUCAUUUGGCACAUUACGUUCUAUCCAUGUACUUUUUUUAUUAAAUCUAUAUGCAUUUUGCUCACAAAUAAAAUAUGUUUGAUAUAAUAAAUU